GGCUGAGUCUGCAGUGGCAGGGGGACUGGCUGGUACUGUCGGGAGGCCUGGGGGUCGUUGUGCGGCUGGACAGGUCCAGUUCGGUUUCCAUCUCCGUGGACCACGGGCUCUGGGGACAGACUCAAGGUCUUUGCGGGCUCUACAAUGGCCAGCCUGAGGAUGACUUUCUGGAGCCAGGCGGGGGACUUGCCGUGUUAGUUGCCACCUUUGGGAAUUCCUGGAGGCUCCCGGAGUCUGAGCCUGGGUGUCUAGAUGUGGUGGAGGCAGCCCAGGGCUGUGAGGACGCCCUGGAGGACACAGAGGCAGACACGGAGACUGCCCAGCUGCGGGCUGAAGCCCAGGACAUUUGCCAUCAGCUGCUGGAUGGUCCAUUUGGGCAAUGCCACACCCAGGUGCACCCCUCUGAAUACCAUGAGGCCUGCCUCUUUGCCUACUGUGCAGGGGCCAUGGCGGGCAGUGGGCAAGAGGGGCGGCAGGAGGCCGUGUGUGCCACCUUUGCCAACUACGCCCAGGCCUGUGCCAGGCAGCGCAUCCAAAUCCACUGGAGGAAGCCUGGCUUCUGCGAGCGCUCAUGCCCGGGCGGCCAGCUCUACUCAGACUGUGUCCCGUCCUGCCCGCCCAGCUGUGCGGCGGUGGGUGAGGGAGAGGAGGGGUCCUGCGGGGAGGAGUGUGUGAGCGGCUGUGCCUGCCCACCCGGCCUCUUCUGGGAUGGCACCCUCUGCGUGCCUGCCGCCCACUGCCCCUGCUACCACCGGCGCCAGCGCUACGCUCCCGGCGACACCGUGCGCCAGCUGUGCAACCCGUGCGUGUGCCAGGACGGCCGCUGGCACUGCGCGCAGGCCGCAUGCCCCGCCGAGUGUGCGGUGGGCGGGGACGGGCAUUACGUCACCUUUGAUGGGCGGAGCUUCUCCUUCCGCGGCGGUCCAGGUUGCCGCUACAGCCUGGUGCAGGACUAUGUCAAGGGGCAGCUGCAGAUCCUGCUGGAGCACGGGGCCUGUAACUCUGGGAGCUGCCUCCAUGCCAUCUCUGUCUCCCUGGGAGACACCCAUGUCCAGCUCAGGGACUCAGGAGCUGUACUGGUCGAUGGGCAGGAUGUGGGCUUGCCCUGGUUUGGCGCUGGGGGGCUCCGUGUCUUCCGAGCCUCUUCCAUCUUCCUGCUGCUGCACUGGCCCGGGGCCCAGGUCUUCUGGGGGGUGUCUGACCCUGCAGCCUACAUCAGUCUGGACCCCCGCCAUGCCCACCAGGUACAGGGUCUGUGUGGCACCUUCACCUGGAACCAGCAGGAUGACUUCCUGACACCAGCUGGGGAUGUGGAGACCAGCAUUGCCGCCUUUACUAGCAAGUUCCAGGUGGCAGGCGAGGGAAGGUGCCCCUUGGGGGACAGUGCCCUGUUCUCCCCCUGCAGCACCUAUUCCCAGCGCCAUGCUUUCGCGGAGGCAGCCUGUGCCAUCCUGCAUGGCCCAGCCUUCCAGGAAUGCCACGGGCUAGUGGACAGGGGGCCGUUCCAGCUGCGCUGCUUGGCAGCUGUGUGUGGCUGUGCCCCAGGCCGGGACUGCCUGUGCCCCGUGGUCUCUGCCUAUGCACGCCGCUGUGCCCAGGAGGGUGCCCCAUCUCCCUGGAGGAGCCAGACCCUCUGCCCUGUCCUGUGUUCUGGUGGCCAGGAGUACCAGGAGUGUGCCCCGGUGUGUGGUCGACACUGUGGGGAGCCAGAGGACUGUGGGGAGCUAGGCGGCUGUGUGGCCGGUUGUAACUGCCCCCCAGGGCUGCUGUGGGACCAUGAGGGCCAGUGUGUGCCCCCCAGCUUGUGUCCCUGCCAGCUCGGAGCCCAUCGCUAUGGCCCUGGCAGAGCCACCAUGAAGGACUGCAACCGCUGUGUCUGCCAGGAGAGGGGUCUCUGGAAUUGCACGACUCGCCACUGCCCCCCACAGCGGGCAUUCUGCCCCCAGGGACUUGUCUAUGCUCCUGGCACCUGCCUCCUCACCUGUGACAGCCCCAGAGCCAACCACUCCUGCCCUUCAGGCAGCGCUGAUGGCUGUGUCUGUCCUCCAGGCACCGUGCUGCUGGAUGAGCGCUGUGUGCCUCCUGACCUCUGUCCCUGCCGUCACAGUGGGCAGUGGUACCCGCCUAAUGCCACCAUCCAGGAGGACUGCAACAUCUGCCCUGAUGGGGGCCAGCGGGGUCAUUUUUCUACAAUGCUGCCACCAGGCACCCGGGUCCUGGUGCAGCUGUCCCCCCAGUUCCAUGGUCGUGUAGCUGGGCUGUGUGGAGACUUUGAUGGCGAUGCCAGUAAUGACCUGCGGAGCCGCCAGGGAGUCCUGGAGCCCACGGCUGAACUGGCUGCCCACUCCUGGCGCCUCAGUCCCCUCUGCCCCGAGCCAGGAGACCUGCCACACCCCUGCACUGUGAACGCCCAUCGGGCCGGCUGGGCUCGGGCCCGCUGUGGGGUGAUGCUGCGGCUGUUUGCUUCGUGCCACGCGGAGGUGCCCCCGCAGCAGCACUACGAGUGGUGUGUGUACGAUGCCUGCGGCUGCGAUUCGGGGGGCGACUGUGAGUGCCUCUGCUCGGCCAUUGCCACCUACGCAGACGAGUGCACCCGGCACGGGCACCAUGUGCACUGGCGCAGCCAGGAGCUCUGCCCCCUGCAGUGCGAAGGGGGACAGGUGUAUGAGGCCUGUGGCCCCACAUGUCCCCCCACCUGCCGUGACCACCAUCCUGAGCCCGGGUGGCACUGCCAGGCCAUUGCCUGUGUGGAGGGCUGCUUCUGUCCCGAGGGAACUCUGCUGCAUGGAGGAGCCUGUGUGGAGCCGGCGUCCUGCCCCUGUGAGUGGGGGGGCAGCUUCUUCCCGCCUGGGACCGUGCUGCAGAAGGACUGCGGGAACUGCACGUGCCAGGAAAGUCAGUGGCAUUGUGGGGAUGAUAGUGCCCACUGUGAGGAGCUGGUGCCUGGUUGUGCAGAGGGAGAGGUCCCAUGCCAGGAGAGCGGGCACUGUGUGCCCCAUGGAUGGCUUUGUGACAACCAGGACGACUGUGGCGAUGGCUCAGACGAGGAAGGCUGUGCUACCCCAGGCUGUGGAGAGGGGCAGAUGUCUUGCAGCUCUGGCCACUGCCUGCCCCUGGCCCUGCUCUGCGAUGGGCAGGACGACUGUGGAGAUGGGACAGAUGAGCAGGGCUGCCCAUGCCCACCAGACUCACAGGCCUGCGCUGAUGGGCGUUGCCUGCCCCUGGCCCUGCUCUGCAAUGGGCAUCCUGACUGUCCAGAUGCUGCUGAUGAGGAGUCCUGUCUGGGGCAGGUGAACUGCGUCCCUGGGGAGGUGCCCUGUGUUGAUGGCACCUGCGUGGGGGCCAUCCAGCUGUGUGAUGGAGUCUGGGACUGCCCAGAUGGAGCCGACGAGGGGCCUGGGCAGUGCCCCCUCCCCUCUCUGCCUGUACCGCCUGCUGGCACCUUGUACCCUGCACCAAGUCCCCCCGCCAGCGCUGGCCCUGCGCCGCCCUGCGGCCCCUUCGAGUUUCCGUGCGAUAGUGGCGAGUGCCCCCCGCGCGGCUGGCGCUGCGACCGGGAGGAGGACUGCGCCGACGGCAGCGAUGAGCGCGGCUGCGGCGGGCCGUGCGCGCUACACCACGCGCCUUGCGCCCGCGGGCCGCACUGCGUGGCCCCGGGACAGCUGUGCGACGGCGUGCCGCAGUGCCCUGACGGCUCGGACGAGGGCCCCGACGCCUGCGAGGGGCUGCCUGCCCCAGGAGGCCCUAACAGGACAGGAGUUCCCUGCCCAGAAUACUCCUGCCCUGACGGCAUCUGCAUCAGUUUCCAGCUGGUGUGUGACGGGCAGCCCGACUGUGCAUCUGCAGCAGAGGCAGGGCCCUCCCCAGAAGAGCAGGGUUGUGGGGCGUGGGGCCCCUGGAGCCCGUGGGGGCCGUGCAGCCGGACAUGUGGGACCGGGGUGCAGGGCCGGAACCGCCGCUGCUCCCCACCCAGUCUGUGGGUGCUGCAGCACUGCCAGGGCCCCGAACACCAGUCUCAGGCCUGCUUUGCCCUGGCCUGCCCAGUGGACGGUGAAUGGAGCCCUUGGUCUCCCUGGUCUCUUUGCUCCGAGUCGUGCGGGGGUGCCAUGAUGCGACAUCGGCAGUGCCACCCACCCCAAAAUGAGGGCAGGAGUUGUGCUGUGCUGCCUGGGGGCCCUCACAGCACCCACCAAAGCAAGCCCUGCCCUCAGGACAGCUGUCCCAAUGCCAACUGCUCCGGGGAGCUGGUGUUCCGGUCCUGUGCUCCCUGCCCUUUGACCUGUGAUGACAUCUCUGGCCAGACCAUGUGCCCACCUGACCGGCCCUGCAGCAGCCCAGGCUGCUGGUGCCCAGAAGGGCAGGUGCUGGGCAGCGAGGGGCGGUGUGUAUGGCCCCGGCAGUGCCCCUGCCUGGUGGACGGCACCCGCUACUGGCCUGGGCAGAGCAUCAAGGCUGACUGCCGGCUCUGCAUCUGUCAGGAUGGGCGGCCCCGGCGCUGCCGGCCUAACCCCGAUUGUGCUGUGAACUGUGGCUGGUCAUCCUGGUCCCCCUGGGCUGAAUGUCUGGGCCCCUGUGACAGCCAGAGCAUCCAGUGGUCCUUCCGGAGCCCCAACAACCCCCGCCCCUCAGGCCGAGGUCGCCAGUGCCGCGGCAUCCACCGCAAGGCCCGCAGGUGCCAGACAGAGCCCUGUGAGGGGUGUGAGCAGCAGGGCCGGGGCCGCCGCGUUGGGGCGCGCUGGCGCGGGGGCCCCUGCAGCGUGUGCCAGUGUCUGCACAACCGCACCACGCACUGCUCCCCCUACUGCCCGCUGGGCAGCUGCCCCCAGGGUUGGGUCCUGGUGGAAGGAAUGGGAGCAUCUUGUUGUCACUGUGCCCUGCCUGGAGAGAACCAGACAGUCCACACCAUGGCCAUUCCCACCCCAACUCCACCCCCCAGACCCCAGAUCGGACCCCCUCUGGCCACCUAUGUUCUGCCUCCACUGGGAGACCCCUGCUACUCGCCCCUGGGCCUGGCCCAACUGCCUAGGGGGAGCCAGCGUGCAUCGUCGCAGCAGCUGGAGCACCCGCCCUGGGCUGCCCUCCUGGGGGCUCCCACCGAGGGGCCUGGUUUUCAGGGAGGGAGCCCUGGAGAGGAUGCUUACGCUGAGUGGCACACCCAACCCCUCUACCUGCAGCUGGACCUGCUGUGGCCCCGCAACCUAACUGGCAUCGUAGUGCAGGGAGCUGAUUCCUCCCAUGCUUCUGUCACCAGCUUCUCACUGCAGUUCAGCAGUGAUGGUCUACACUGGCACGACUAUGGUGACGUCCUGCCUAGCAUCUUGCCCCUGCCCCAGCUCUUCCCUGGGAAAUGGGAUGAUGUGGCCCCCGAGGUACACACAUUUAGCCAGAUGGUGCAGGCGAGGCACGUCAGGGUGUGGCCCCAUGCUGGCCACCAGAGUGAUGUCCACCGCAGUGUCUUCCUGUGGGUAGAUCUGCUGGGCUGUGAGCCAGUGUCCCCACCAGCGCCCCGAUGCCAAGGGGCCGGGCACCGCUGCUCCAAUGGCGAGUGUGUCCCCAGAGGGGGCCUGUGUGAUGGUGUUGCAGACUGCAAGGAUGGCUCUGACGAGGAGGGAUGUGUGCCCCUUCCCAGGGGUACUGGCAGUGUCCUUUCCACAGCCAGAACCCCGCCCCUCUCCUCCACCCAGCCCGGACAGCUGCCCCCACAGCCCCAGAAGGGUCUGGCAGAGACUGAGCACUGGCAUCCUGGCCAGGUGUCACCUGUGCCCCACACAGAGAAAAGGCCAGUGAGUCCUGUCCCAGCCUCUGAGGCUCCUCACCCGAGUUCUGGGGAAUCUGUGCAGACGGUGACCAUCAUCCCCACCUCCCAGCCGGAGGCCAAAACCCUGCAACCAGGAAUGGCAGCCAUGACGGUGCUCCCCCCACACCCAGUGACUCCGGGGACCCCCACUGGCCAGAGUGUCGCCCCAGGGCCCUUCCCGCCAGUGCAGUGCAGCCCAGGCCAGUGGCCGUGCGAGGCGCUGGGCUGCGUGGAGCAGGAGCAGCUGUGCGACGGGAGGGAGCACUGCCCUGACGGCUCCGACGAGAGGCGCUGCGGUGAGCGUGGGGUCCCCUGUGCUCCCUCGAGACUCCCCCGCUCCUGGGCAGCGAGCACUGUGCCCUUCAUGGUGCCCACCACGGCCCUGCCUGGGCUGCCCACCUCGCGAGCCCUCUGCUCCCUGAGCCAGCUGAGCUGCGGCAGCGGAGAGUGCCUGCCCGCUGAGCGGCGCUGCGACCUGCGGCCCGACUGCCAGGACGGCUCCGACGAGGAUGGUUGUGUGGACUGCGUGCUGGCGCCCUGGACCGGCUGGAGCGGCUGCAGCCACAGCUGUGGCCUGGGCCUCGCCUUCCAGCGCCGGGGGCUGCGGCGGCCUCCCCUGCCGGGGGGCAGCUGCCCACCUGACCGGCUCCGUAGCCAGUCCUGCUUCGUGCAGGCCUGCCCAGUGGCUGGGGCGUGGGCCACGUGGGAGGCCUGGGGACCCUGCAGCGUCUCUUGUGGAGGUGGCCAUCAGAGUCGCCGGAGGAGCUGUGUGGACCCCCCACCCAAGAAUGGUGGUGCUCCCUGCCCUGGGGCCUCCCAGGAGAGGGCACCCUGUGGCUUGCAGCCCUGCACAGGUGGCACAGACUGUGGGAUGGGCCGUGUGCAUGUGAGUGCUGAGCUGUGCCAGAAGGGGCUAGUGCCCCCAUGCCCACCCUCCUGCCUGGACCCCGAGGCCAACAGAAGCUGUGAUGGGCACUGUGUGGAGGGAUGCCGCUGUCCCUCGGGGCUGCUUCUCCAUGACACUCGCUGCCUGCCCCUCUCCGAGUGCCCCUGCCUCGUGGGUGAAGAGCUGAAGCAGCCAGGGGUGUCUUUCCUCCUGGACAACUGCAGCCGAUGCAUGUGUGAGAAGGGGGCGCUGCUGUGCGAACCGGGGGGCUGCCCGCUGCCCUGCGGCUGGUCAGCCUGGUCCUUCUGGGCCCCCUGUGACCGCUCCUGUGGCUCUGGCAUGAGGGCCAGGUUCAGGUCUCCCUCCAACCCUCCGGCAGCUUCCGGGGGUGCCCCAUGUGAAGGUGACAGGCAGGAACUGCAGGUCUGCCACACAGAGUGUGGGACAGAGGCUCUGGGCUGGACUCCCUGGACGUCCUGGUCCUCCUGUUCCCAGAGCUGCCUCUCCCCUGGAGGGGGCCCGGGCUGGCGCCGUCGUUCCCGGCUCUGCCCCAUCCCCGGGGACACAUCCUGCCCAGGAGAAGCCACCCAGGAAGAGCUCUGCAACCCCCCUGUAUGCCCAGGUCCAAGCGUCUGGGGGCUGUGGGCUCCCUGGUCUACCUGCUCAGCCCCCUGUGACGGAGGCAUCCAGACACGUGGCCGCAGCUGCUCGGGCUCGGCUCCCGGGAACUCCACGUGCCAGGGACCCCACAGUCAGACCAGGGACUGCAACACGCAGCCCUGCACAGCCCAGUGCCCAGGAAACAUGGUGUUCCGCUCAGCAGAACAGUGUCGCCAGGAGGGGGGCCCAUGUCCUCGGCUGUGCCUGUCGCAGAGCUCUGGGGUGGAGUGCACAGGCUUCUGUGCCCCCGGCUGUACCUGCCCCCCAGGCCUCUUCCUGCACAACGCGAGCUGCCUGCCCCGCAGCCAGUGCCCCUGCCAGCUGCACGGGCAGCUCCACGCGCCGGGAGCAAUGGCUCUCCUGGACUCCUGCAACAACUGCACCUGUAUCUCCGGCGAGAUGGUGUGCACCUCGGAGCUGUGCCCAGUGGCCUGUGGCUGGAGUCCCUGGACCCCAUGGAGUCUCUGCAGCCGCACUUGCAAUGUGGGCAUUCAGCGGCGCUUCCGAGCAGGCACUGCACCCCCAGCUGCCUUUGGGGGUGCUGAGUGCCAGGGUCCCAACAUGGAGGCUGAAUUCUGCAGCCUGCGACCAUGUCGAGGUCCUGGUGGGGAGUGGGGCCCCUGGUCUCCGUGCUCCGUGCCCUGCGGCGGGGGCUACAGGAACCGCACCCGAGGCAGUGGCCUACACAGCCCCAUGGAAUUCUCCACCUGUGGCCUGCAGCCCUGUGCAGGGCCAGUGCCUGGCAUGUGUCCCAGGGGGAAGCGGUGGCUAGACUGUGCCCAGGGCCCGGCCUCCUGUGCAGAGCUCAGCGCUCCAAGAGGGACUAACCAGACCUGCCACCCUGGCUGCUACUGCCCAUCUGGGAUGCUCCUGCUGAACAACGUCUGCGUGGCCGCCCAGGACUGCCCCUGCGCCCACGGGGGCCGCCUCCAUCCCCCGGGCAGUGCUGUGCUUCGGCCAUGUGAGAACUGCUCCUGUGUCUCUGGGCUCAUCACCAACUGCAGCUCUUUGCCUUGUGAGGAGGGUCAGCCCACAUGGUCACCCUGGACCCCGUGGAGUGAGUGCUCAGCCUCCUGCGGCCCUGCCCGACGCCACCGACACCGCUUCUGUGCCAGGGCCCCCAGCGUGGCACCAUCCAGCGUGGCUCUGCUGUCCCCCCCAGCCACGCCCACGCCUGUCUGUCCAGGCCCGGAGGCUGAGGAGGAGCCGUGUCUCCUGCCAGGGUGUGACCGAGCUGGGGGCUGGGGUCCUUGGGGGCCCUGGUCCAGCUGUAGCCGGAGCUGUGGGGGAGGCCUGCGGAGCCGGACCCGAGCCUGCGACCAGCCCCCACCCCAGGGACUGGGGAAUUACUGUGAGGGGCCUCGGGCCCAGGGGGAGGCCUGCCAGGCUCUGCCUUGCCCAGUGACCAACUGCACUGCCAUAGAAGGGGCCGAGUACAGCCCCUGCGGACCCCCCUGUCCUCGCUCCUGUGAUGACCUAGUGCACUGCGUGUGGCGCUGUGAGCCCGGCUGCUACUGCCCCCCGGGCCAGGUGCUGAGUGCCGACGGGGCCGUGUGUGUGCGGCCAGGUCACUGCACCUGCCUGGACCUGCUGACCGGAGAGCGGCACCGCCCGGGCACUCUGCUGGCGAGGCCCGACGGCUGCAACCACUGCACCUGCUUGGAGGGGAGGCUGAACUGCACGGACCUGCCCUGCCCAGUGCCUGGAGGCUGGUGCCCGUGGUCGGAGUGGACAGCAUGCUCCCAGCCCUGCCGGGGUCAGAUGAGGACCCGCUCCAGGGCCUGCGCCUGCCCCGCUCCUGAGCAUGGGGGCGCCCCAUGCCCCGGGGAAGCUGGGGGGGCCGGCGCCCAGCAUCAGAAGGAGCCCUGCCCCAGCCCUGCCCCGUGCCCAGUGGACGGAGCCUGGAGCCCAUGGGGACCGUGGUCUCCCUGUGAUGCAUGCUUGGGGCAGUCCCUUCGGAGCCGAGCAUGCAGCCGGCCUCCCACCUCUGAGGGAGGCAGGCCCUGCCCUGGAGGCCACAUGCAGAGUCGCCCUUGUCAGGACAACUCCACCCAAUGCACAGACUGCGGAGGUGGCCAAAGCCUGCUCCCUUGUGGGCGGCCCUGCCCCCACUCCUGCCAAGACCUGUCCCCCGGGAAUGUAUGCCAGCCAGGCUCCACAGGCUGCGAGCCCAGCUGUGGGUGUCCCCCCAGUCAGCUGUUCCAGGAUGGGCUCUGUGUGCCCCCAGCUCUCUGCCGCUGCCAGUACCAGCCUGGAGCCAUAGGGAUCCCUGAGAACCAGAGCCGGUCAGCAGGGUCUGGGCUCAGUUCCUGGGAAAGCCUGGAACCUGGAGAGGUGGUGACUGGGCCUUGUGACAACUGCACCUGUGUGGCAGGCAUCCUGCAGUGCCAGGAGAUGCCGGGCUGCCCUGGUCCUGGCAUGUGGACCUCCUGGGGCCCCUGGGAGGCCUGCAGUGUUUCAUGCGGGGGAGGGGAGCAGCUGCGCUCCCGGCGCUGCGCCCGUCCGCCCUGCCCGGGGCCAGCCCGCCAAAGCCGCACCUGCAGCACCCAGGUCUGCAGAGAGGCAGGCUGCCCGGCCGGCCGUCUGUACCGCGAGUGCCCGCCCGGCGGGGGAUGCCCCUUCUCCUGUGCGCACGUCACACAACAGAUGGGCUGCUUCUCCGAUAGCUGCGAGGAGGGCUGUCACUGCCCUGAAGGCACCUUGCAACACCACUUGGCCUGUGUCCAGGAGUGCCCCUGUGCACUGACGGCCUCACUGCUGGAGGAGCUGGCAGCCGCGAGCACUGACCCGGGGGAGCACCCACCUUUCCUGGGAGAGGGCGGUCAGCUCUUUGGGCCUGGAGAUGAACUAGCCUCAGGCCAGAUGCUACGUACAGGCUGCAGCAACUGCUCCUGUGCACAUGGGAAGCUGUCUUGCUCCAUGGAGGACUGCUCCAAGGCCCGUAGCGGCUUUGGCCCCUGGGGCCCAUGGAGCGCAUGUUCCCGCUCCUGUGGUGGACUGGGCACCCGCACCCGCAGCCGCCAGUGUGUGCACCCCACGCCAGCUCCCACUGGCCAGGGCUGCCACGGGCCCCACCAGGACCUUGAGUACUGCCCCAGCCCAGACUGUCCUGGGGCUGAAAGGUCCACGGUGGAGCCAGUGACAAGCCUUCCAGGUGGCUGGGGCCCAUGGUCCCCGUGGUCCCCCUGCUCCCACAGCUGCACAGACCUCUCUCACCCUGCGUGGCGCAGCCGCACCCGCCUCUGCCUGGCUAACUGCACCGUGGGGGACCCCUGGCAGGAGCGCCCCUGCAACCUGCCCUCGUGUACAGAGCUGUCCCUGUGCCCUAGCCCUGGCUGCGGGGCUAGGAACUGCUCCUGGACGGCCUGGGCCCCAUGGGAACCGUGCUCCCGCAGCUGCGGGGUGGGCCAGCAGCGCCGCCUGCGGGCGUACCAUCCCCCAGGGCCCGGGGGGCACUGGUGCCCCGACAUUCUCACUGCUUACCAGGAGCGCCGCUUCUGCAGCCUGCGCGCUUGCCCAGUGCCCGGGGGCUGGUCACGCUGGAGCCCCUGGUCUUGGUGUGACCGGAGCUGUGGGGGGGGCCGAUCCCUGAGGAGUCGCAGCUGCUCGAGCCCCCCACCCAAGAACGGGGGUGCCCCCUGUCUUGGGGAGAGGCACCACACCCGGCUCUGCAAUCCCGAGCCCUGUGAGGAGGGCUGCCCAGCGGGCAUGGAGGUGGUCAGCUGUGCCAACCGCUGCCCUCGCCGCUGCACAGACCUCCAGGAGGGAGUCGUGUGUCAGGAUGGCCAGGCCUGCCAGCGUGGCUGCCGCUGCUCCAAGGGGUCCCUGGAGCAGGACGGCAGCUGCGUGCCAGUUGGGCACUGUGAGUGCACAGAUGCCCGGGGCCACAGUUGGGCCCCAGGGAGCCAGCACCAGGACGCCUGCAACAACUGCUCCUGCCAGGACGGGCAGCUCUCCUGCACAGCGCAGCCCUGCCCACCCCCCACGCACUGCGCCUGGAGCCGCUGGUCUGCCUGGAGUCCCUGCAGCCACUCGUGUGGCCCCGGAGGGCAGCAGAGCCGCUUCCGGUCCUCCACAUCGGGCUCGUGGGCCCCAGAGUGUCGGGAAGAGCAGUCCCAGAGCCAGCCCUGCCCUCAGUCCCCGUGCCCACCCCUGUGCCUGCAGGGCACCCGCCCCCGCACCCUGGGGGACAGCUGGCUACAGGGAGAGUGCCAGCAGUGCUCCUGCACCCCAGAGGGCGUGAUCUGCGAAGACAUCGAGUGUGCAGUGCCCGGGGCCUGGACGGUCUGGUCCCCCUGGUCUGACUGCCCUGUCUCCUGUGGAGGUGGAAACCAGGUCCGCACCCGGGCCUGCCUGGCCCCAGCCCCUCGCCAUGGGGAGCCACCCUGCCAGGGCCCCAACACCCAGACCCAGCGCUGUGAGCUGCAGCCGUGCCUAGGGCUGCUGGAGGCCUGCUCCUGGGGCCCGUGGGGGCCCUGUUCCCACAGCUGCGGCCCAGGUCUGGCUUCCCGCUCUGGGUCCUGCCCCUGCCUGCUGGCCCAGGCAGACCUCACCUGCAAUGGCACUUUCCUCCACCUGGACACCCAGGCCUGCUACCCAGGGCCCUGCCCAGAGCAGUGCGUGUGGAGCAGCUGGAGCAGCUGGACACGCUGCUCGUGCCAGGUGCUGGUGCAGCAGCGCUACCGACACCAGGGACCAGCCCCCGGAGGCGCUGGAGAGGGCCCCCCCUGCACGCGUCUGGAUGGCCACUUCCGGCCUUGCCUCCUCCGCAACUGCUCUGAGGACAGUUGCACGCCUCCCUUCCAGUUCCAGGCCUGUGGCUCUCCCUGCUCUGGGCUCUGUGCCACACACCUGAGCCAUCAGCUCUGCCAGGACCUGCCGCCCUGCCAGCCUGGCUGCUACUGCCCCAAGGGGCUGCUGGAGCAGGCUGGGGGCUGCAUCCCCCCAGAGCAGUGUAACUGCUGGCACACCUCAGGAGAGGGAGCCAGGGUGCCCCUGGCCCCAGGGGACCGCCUGCAGCUGGGCUGUAAGGAGUGUGAAUGCCGGCGUGGAGAGCUCCAGUGCACCAGCCAGGGCUGUCAAGGUCUUCUGCCUCUGAGCGGCUGGUCCGAGUGGUCGCCCUGUGGGCCCUGCCUGCCCCCCAGCACCCUGGCCCCUGCCUCCAGGACUGCCCUAGAGGGGCACUGGCCCCACGACUCAGCCGGCCUCACCUCAACCUCGGGCCCCAUGCUGGUUUCGGAGCAGCACCGCCACCGCCUCUGUCUGGACCCUGAGUCAGGGAGGCCGUGGGCCGGAGACCCUCACCUCUGCACCGCACCCCUUAGCCAGCAACGCCUCUGCCCCGACCCUGGAACCUGCCGUGACUCGUGCCAGUGGAGCCCUUGGGGGCCCUGGAGCCCCUGCCAGGUGCCCUGCGGUGGGGGAUUCCGGCUGCGCUGGAGACAGGCAGGGGGUCCCCCUGGAGGAGGCUGCCAGGGGCCAUGGGCUCAGACUGAGAGCUGCAACCUAGCGUCCUGCCCAGGGGAGAGCUGCGAGGCCCGGGACACAGUGUUCACCCUAGACUGUGCCAACCAGUGCCCUCGCAGCUGCGCUGACCUCUGGGACCGCGUGCAGUGUCUGCAGGGACCCUGCCGCCCAGGCUGCCGCUGUCCCCCUGGCCAACUGGUACAGGACGGGCGCUGCGUGCCAAUCUCCUCUUGCCGCUGUGGCCUCCCCAGUGCCAAUGCUUCCUGGGAGCUGGCCCCAACCCAGGUGGUGCAGCUGGACUGCAAAAACUGCACCUGUGUCAACGGGUCCCUGGUGUGCCCACUCCAUGAGUGUCCAGUUCUUGGGACUUGGUCAGCCUGGAGCAGUUGCUCAGUUCCCUGUGGUGGGGGCACCAUGGAGCGACAUCGGAGCUGUGAAAAGGGUCCUGGGGGGGCACCAUGCCAGGCCCAGGACACAGAGCAACAGCGGGAAUGUAACCUACAGCCUUGCCCUGAGUGCCCCCCUGGCCAGGUGCUCAGCGCCUGUGCCACCUUGUGCCCACGCUUCUGCUCGCACCUGCAGCCUGGCACCAUCUGUGUGCGGGAGCCCUGCCAGCCUGGCUGUGGCUGCCCCGGAGAGCAGCUGCUGCACAACAACACGUGCGUGCCCCCUGCCGCCUGCCCCUGCACCCAGCUCUCUCUGCCCUGGGGCCUCACCCUGACCCUCGAAGAGCAGGCCCGGGAGCUGCCCCCAGGGAGUGUGCUAACCCAGAACUGCACCCGCUGUGUCUGCCAAGGUGGGGCCUUCAGCUGCUCCCUCACUGAUUGUCAAGAGUGCCCCCCUGAAGAAAUGUGGCAGCAGGUGGUCCCCGGGGAGCUGGGGCCCUGUGAGCGGACAUGCCGGGAGGUGAACACCACAGAGACUCAGAGCAACUGCAGCGCAGCACAGGCCCCGGGUUGCGUGUGCCAGCAAGGGCACUUCCGCAGCCAGGCGGGCCCCUGCGUGCCUGCAGACCGCUGCGAGUGCUGGCACCGUGGACGACCCCACCUGCCGGGAUCUGAAUGGCAGGAGGCCUGUGAGAGCUGCCGCUGCCUCAGUGGGAGGAGUGUCUGCACCCAGCACUGCCCCCUCCUCACCUGUGCUCAGGACGAGGUGCUGGUGCAGGAGCCAGGGAACUGUUGUCCCACUUGCCGCUGGAAGACUCUGGAGGAGCAGUCAGCCUCCUGCAGGCACCUCACUGAGCGUCGCAACCUCACCAAGGGCCCCUGCUACCUGGACCAUGUAGAAGUGAGCUACUGCAGCGGGCACUGCCCAUCCAGCACCAAUGUCAUGCCUGAGGAGCCGUACCUGCAGAGCCAGUGCGACUGCUGUAGCUACCGCCUGGACCCCGACAGCCCCGUGCGGAUCCUGAACCUGCGCUGUCCGGGUGGCCACACAGAGCCGGUGGUGCUGCCGGUCAUCCACAGCUGCCAGUGCAGCGCCUGCCAGGGAGGCGACUUCUCCAAGCGCUGACAAGCUCCGUGGAGGAGGGGUCCGCUUCUGUCCCUCUCGCGAUCCCUGGGCUCAGCGCACUGCCCGCCGCCUCCCACGCUCCCCCACCCGCCCCGACUGGGGAUCCGUGCCCUGGCAUUAGAGUGUCCUAAAUAAAGUGACAUUGGUAGGAA